AUGAGCGAACUUUCAGAUCCCGCGGCUGAAGUGGCCAGAGAGGAGGACCUACGCACAAUCUGGAGUUGGAACGCUACCGUACCUAGAGCGGUAGAAGACUGCGUCCAUGACCUGAUUGUUGGGCAGAUGCUCCCGGAAGCGGCCGCCGUGUGUGCCUGGGAUGGUGAGCUGACAUACAAUGAGUUGGACUCGUUAUCGACACGGCUAUCGUACCGCCUAGUCGAGCUGGGGGUUGGGCCCGAGGUCAUAGUACCCCUAUGCUUUGAGAAGUCGAUGUGGAUGCCGGUAGCAAUGUUAGGGGUGAUGAAAGCCGGCGGUGCAUCGUGUGCGAUAGACAUCACACAGCCUAGAGCGCGGUUGCAGGCCAUCAUACAACAAAUACAACCGCAGAUUGUGCUAUCGUCGGUUGCCAACAGAGCCCUAGCCACAAGCAUCUCCGACAGCAUCAACGUUGUUACUUUUGGAAAGGGUGACUUCGAUCACCUGCCAUCAAUAUCGCAAACGAUGCCAUCAACACCUGCUAGGCCAACAAACUCCUUAUACAUUGUGUUCACGUCGGGCAGCACAGGCACGCCUAAGGGGGUGGUCAUCACACAUACCAACUUUAGUAGUGCUCUGUUUCAUCAAAACGAGCAGCUAGGCUUCAAGAGACAGUCGCGAGUCCUUGAAUUGGCAUCCUAUGCUUUCGACGCGGUGUGGUACAACACACUACACACGUUUUACGCAGGCGGUUGUCUCUGCAUACCAUCUGAAGACGACAGACGGAACGACUUGGCAGGAUGUAUUCGCCGCCUCCGCCCGAAUUUCAUCAAUCUCACGCCGAAACUAUGCGAAUUUCUCGACACCACCUCUCUCCAAGGCUUAGAUAUGAUCGAGCUAGCAGGAGAACAAGCGGACCCUAGACAAGUCCUCAGAUUAAGGGAAAUGGUACCGGUGCGCUUCGCAUAUGGCCCAGCCGAGUGCUCCAUACUCUCCACCGUGUCCGAAAAUGGUGUAUCAUGCUCUACUAUCGGACGCGGACUCGGGGUGCGGACUUGGGUUGUAAAUGCCGAUGACCCCCGCACGCUGGUAUCAGUAGGCUCUAUCGGCGAGCUUUGGAUCGAGGGCCCGUUGGUGGGCCAAGGAUACUGGAAUGACCGAGAGAAGACUGCAGCAGCCUUUGUCGAGAACCCACCUUGGCUAUUGCAAGGUGGCCCGGAUGUUCCUGGUCGGCCCGGGCGUUUAUAUCGGACCGGAGAUCUAGUGCGAUAUGGUGAAGAUGGUUCGCUGCUGUUUGCCGGUCGAAAGGACUCGCAAGUCAAGAUCCGCGGGCAGCGUGUGGAACUGGGUGAGGUGGAGCACCAGAUACUCCACAGCCUUCCGGGUGGCUUGGAUGCUGAGGUGGUAGCGGAUGUUAUUAAACCCCAGGAUAGCGACAGCGUGAUGCUUAUAGCAUUCCUGAAAGCGACACAAGGUGCCGAGGCGGCGGCAGCAUCUCUGGAAGAGAAGUUAACGGCGCUGCUCCCCGCGUAUAUGAUCCCAUCUGCUUACGUCGCGGUGGAUGAGAUACCCCUGACCCAGACCGGUAAGACAGAUCGACGAAAGUUACGCGAGCUCGGUGCUUCGUUCACCUUGGAGCAUUUAGCUAGGAUAAACCUGGCCCGAGGCGAAUGGAGGGAGCCGCAGACGGCCACCGAGAGGCAGCUUCAAAAGCUUUGGGCCUCUGUACUUGGGAUCAACGCUAGUAGCAUCGGGGCGACAGAUAGCUUCCUACGAAUAGGGGGCGACUCCAUUAAAGCCAUGCGACUGGUCGCUGCGGCGCGCGAGGGGUCCCUCUCUCUCACGGUGGCAGAUGUCCUCAAGAGACCCAGAUUGCGUGAUCUCGCAGUCGUUGUGGGCCAAAUAUCUUCAGAGGAAACUUUGGACGAGCCUGUCAAGCCCUUUUAUCUACUGGGCGAGAGAGAAAAGACGCGAACGAGCGAGAUUGCGGCGAGUCUAUGCGGCGUAGAGCCGUCUCAAGUCCAGGACGCGUUCCCGUGUACGCCGAUGCAGGAAGGUCUACUCGCACUAACAGCGAGGCGAGCAACCAACUAUGUGAUACGAGUUGCAUUAGAACUGAGGCCAACAGUUAACAUAGACCACUUCAAGGAUGCGUGGGAAGAGGUCGUGUCGAAGUCACCGAUCCUGCGAACGCGAAUCGUCGAUUUAAGAAAAGAAGGACUAACGCAGGUGGUUGUCGACGAGCCGACAGAGUGGAUUCCAGGGACAAACCUCGGUGCUUAUACAGAGGCAGACGCGCGACGCACGAUGGGCCUGGGAACGUCUCUGGCACGAUUUGGACUCAUUAACGAAGAAGAGAGUGGGAGGAGGUUCUUCGUAUACACGAUACACCAUUCCUUGUGUGACGGCUGGUCCGUACCACUACUACUCGAGAUGGUAGAGAAGACCUAUCGCAAAGAGUCAAUUGGGCCGUUACCCCUGUUCCAAUCAUUUAUCAAGCAUGUCCGAAGUGUCGACGAGGACCUCGCAGCGACUGUCUGGCGCAAGCAGCUGGACGGAGUAAAGGCACAGCCAUUCCCGCAGUUGCCGUCAGUAACUCAUCGGCGUAGAGCGGACAUGGAGAUGGCACACAAUAUUACGGAACUGUGUUGGCCACGGAAAGAUGUCACGCCGUCGACACUGAUACGGACAGCCUGGGCAAUGGUGACUGCACAGUACACCGGCUCAAACGAUGUGAUAUUCGGGGCAACAGUGUCGGGGAGACAGGCGGCGGUAUCGAGGAUUGAACGGAUGACAGGUCCAACAAUCGCGACGGUCCCCGUUCGGGUGGUUUUGGAUCCCGAGCAGAGUGUAGAUGAGUUGCUUGCCCGUAUACAGGAGCAAGCUAUAGAGACAGUAGCCUUUGAGCAAAUGGGGCUGCAAUGGAUUCGACGCUUAAAUGACGAUGCUGACCGGGCAUGCCAGUUUCAGACAUUACUCGUUAUUCAACCCGCAACCCCAGGAACAGAGGAGCAGAGCAUGUUAUUUACAAAACAUGCCGACGAAAACUGGGAGCUAGGUGUAUUUAACCCAUACGCGAUGCUCCUAGAAUGCAGGUUGCAGGAUAAUGGUGUCGGCCUCCGCGUCAGCUUUGAGUCAGCCGUACUCAGGGAGGAACAAGUAAAGAGAACAAUGCACCAAUUUGAACAUGUUCUCCGGCAACUGUGCGCUCCCAUGAGUGGUAAGGCGAAAUCGGCGGCGGUGAUGAUGGUCAGCAAACAAGACCUGCGAGAUAUCUGGACCUGGAAUGCUUCCGUGCCCAAGGGAGUAGAAGCAUGUGUACACGAUCUGAUCGCUAAGACGAUGAGAAAGCAGCCAGCCAUGUCGGCGGUAUGUGCGUGGGACGGGACGCUCACGUACGGCGAGCUGGACAUAUUGUCUAGACGGCUAGCCCACCGCCUUGUUCGGCUUAGAGUUGGGCCGGGAGAUAUUAUUCCUCUAUGCUUUGAGAAGUCAAUGUGGGCGCCGGUCGUGAUGCUGGGGGUAUUGAGGGCCGGGUGUGCCUUCGCGAUAGUCCCUCCAUCUCUGCCAAAGGGUAGGCUGAGAUCGAUGAUUGAAGCCAUCAACCCGAAAAUUAUUGUCGCCUUCCCACAACACGCCAGCCUCUUCUCGGAAGAUGUUCCGGUUAUAUCCCCCCAAGAUACGCGCGAGGACACAGGUUGUGAUUACUUACCGUCGCGCUGUGUUCAGCCACACAGCACCGCAGCGGUGCUCUUCACCUCUGGUACGACUGGGACACCGAAAGGCAUAGUGUUAGAUCAUCGGUGUCUCUCAACCACGGCGCAGUAUCUCGGCAGGGAUUUUAAAGCUAGCACGCGAACUCGCGUAUUCCAAUUCGCAUCAUACCUAUUUGACGUAAGCAUCCACGAAACUUUUAUGACCUUCUUAUACGGCGGCUGCCUUUGCGUCCCCUCCGAGUCGGACAAGGAGAACAACACCAGCGAAGCUCUGGUGCGAUUCCGGGCCAACUGGGCAUGUUUAUCGCCGUCAGUAGCCAGGGCUAUCCCAACAGAGAGCGUCCGCACGCUAGACACCCUCGUGUUUGCCGGAGAGGCUUUGAAAGAAUCGGACGUCUCUCGGUGGGCAGGCAUAGCCGAGGUGUUUAAUUGGUAUGGCCCAGCUGAAUUUUCGUUAUGCGCGAGCACCCCCGUGAAUCCUGCAACAUGGAGUGGCGGUUCGAUCGGAUCAGGCUCUUCCGGUACAUGCUGGGUGAUAGAGAAGGAUGAACCAAAUUCCUUGACCCCUAUAGGAGCCAUUGGAGAACUAGCUGCCGAGGGUCCCGGGAUCAUGAGGGGGUAUCUCAACGACCCCGAGAAGACAGCCGCAGUGAUCAUUGAGAAUCCGCCCUGGUUGGUACGAGGCAAUCCCGAAACGAACCGUCCCGGUCGGCACGAUCGCCUGUACCGUACCGGCGAUCUUGUGCGUUACAACACAGAUGGCUCGCUUACGUAUAUUGGCCGGAAGGACGCACAGGUCAAGAUUCGUGGGCAGCGGGUAGAAUUAGGCGAUGUCGAACACCACGUGCUCGAGAAUCUCGACUCGAUAGACUCGAAAGACAAGCAGGCCAUAGCUGAAGUCCUUUCUCCUAGUGGGAGUAGCAAUCCUACCUUGGUGGUCUUCAUCCAAACCAGCGAAAGGAACCAAAGCCAGGAGGUGAGGCCUAUCGAAAGGCACUUUCUGGCCGGGUUGGAGAAGAGGCUAAGUGAGGUGUUGCCGCGUCAUAUGAUUCCCUCGGCAUAUAUUGCAAUAGGAAGGAUACCGAUAACGGCAAAUGGCAAGGCGGACAGACAAAAAUUGCGCGAGAUCGGAAGUUCAUUCACGACGGAGGAGCUGACAUCGUUCAAUCGGACCAAGGGCGAGCGGCGACAGCGGCGGCCCUUUACGUUAACGGAGAGACAAAUGCAAAAGCUCUGGGCGCGGAUCCUGAAGGUCGGAGACAAUAUCGCGGUCGAAGACAGCUUUCUCCAGAUAGGCGGUGACUCCAUCGCAGCAAUGCGCCUUGUAGCUGCGGCACGCGAACACGGCCUAUCCUUCACAGUCGCGGACGUGUUCAAGAGACCGCGACUAUGCGACCUCGCUGCAGUCGCGGUGGCCGUAGUACGUCCCAAGGAAAAGGCGGCGAAGGUAGCCGUCGAGGCCUUUUCACUGCUCAGUCCCAAGAAGGACCUCGAUGCGUUCCUCCGCCGCGAGGUCUUCCCACAACUUCGAUCGGCGUACACUUCGGUAUCUGAUGCUCUCCCUGUCACGCAUUGGCAAGCUACUUGCAUCAGCCUCGCUCUCAAGAGUCCGCCCCAGCAGUGGCAUCAUUUCCUAGUCGACCUGCCUCCGGAGAUCCGUACUGCUCGAGUAGAUAAGUGCUGCGAGAGCAUUUGGACCAACUUCGAUAUCCUCAGGAUGAUCUUUAUUCGCUGCGGUGAUCGAUAUCUUCAAGUUUUAGCCGAAGGGAUUCCGCCGGCGAUUCUUCACCACACCACCACCAGGAGUAUCGACGAACUGACCGCCGAAAUUUGUGAUGAGGAUCUUCGGCAACCAGGUGUCCUCGGAACCCCUUUCACGCGAUUCCACGUCCUCUCAGGUCCCCAGGGCGCAUUGAGGCUAGUAAUCAGGCUAUCGCACGCCCAAUACGACGGCACAACCCUCAUUCACAUGAUGCGCUUCCUCGGUGCCCUUUACAACCACGAGGCGCUGCUGCCCACACCCAGCUUCUCGGCUUUCGUCCAGCAUACCUUUGAAAAUCAGCGUGCUAGCCACAGGUACUGGAAAUCAUUCCUCCGGGACUCGUCUCUCACAAAGCUCGAGCCAGAACCAAUCUGCCGCGGUCCGAGGGGAAAAUCCAGCCCGAUCGUCAUAGAGAAGCUGGUUGACGCGCCGCGUCCGGUCAACGGAUUCACUCCCGCAACCAUCUUCACCUCCGCAUGUGCAGUUUUCCUCUCGAAAGUCACAUACUCUUCAGAUGUCACCUUCGGACGAUUGGUGUCUGGGCGGGCCAUGGUCCCCGUCCAUCUACGAGACACGGCCGGCCCUUGCGUCAACAUCAUCCCUGUCAGGGCCCGUUUCCGCAACGAAGAAUCACUCCACGGCGUGCUGAAGUCCAUCCACGACCAGCACAUUGAUAGCCUCCCUUUCGACACGAUCGGCUUCGACGAGAUUGCCGAACAUUGCGCCGAUUGGCCGUCCAGCGCGCGGUAUUUCGGGUGCGUGGCGCAUUACCAGGACCUAGGCGACGCAGAGGAGGAGAUAGGGGGAUCUGCCCGUAGACUAGAGUGUUACGAGGGAAAUAGGGCAGACACGAAGAUGAUGGAAGACGACGUGGUCAUGGUCCUAGCAAAACCUGUAGGGAAUCGCCUCAAGUUAGAAUUAGCAGUAAAUGGAGGGCACUAUACAGAAGAGACGGUGAGGGAAUGGUCUGAAAUGCUCGGCGCGGCGAUUGAAGCCUUCGGACAGGUCACGCAAGUUGGUUGA